AUGAUCAUUAAUUCUGUUGCUUACUCUGCUAUGAUUGGAGGAGCCGAGGCUCCACAGUCAAUGGCCUUUGAGGACGCUGCGAACGACCUCAAUGCACUUCAUAGCAUUACCAAAAUCGAGUUCAACGCUGGCUGGGUUGUUGACGGAAUUAGGGUUACCUAUAGUACAGAACAAGGACUCGAACGCAAAGUUGUUCAUGGAACAUUCAAAGAGUCUAACAUACAAAAUCAGGUUGUGGCAAUCGCAGGCAUUGCUGCGAUGGGUUUACACGGUCAUCCGAACGGGCGAUACGACUACGGUGACUGUGUUCAGACGAUACGCUUUGGCAUUACCAACUCAAAGACAGGGAAGGAGCGUUACACUGCGAACUUUGGUGCUGCUGAACAGCUCCAAAACCCCCAAGAGUUCAAGUGGGAAGGACGCCUCUCCUGCUUCGCUGGCGUCGCGGAUAAUAGUCUUGUGCAAGUCGGCCUCAAAGGCUUGAAGUUCGGUCAAAUCACCGGCAAGGUUGUUUUGGCUGAAUCUAUUCCCUAUGGCGGUGGCCGCAGCUCCAAGCUCAUGGGAAAAGAGUACAACGAUCUCCACAGUUUCGGCGCGGAACUUGACUUCUGGAAACCUAUCAAGUCUAUCGAGAUCUGGUCAGGGCAAGUUGUCGAUGGCCUUCUUGUGACGUACAACAUGUUGGAUGGUAGUACUCAGGAUGUGAUGCAUGGUGCUACAGGUGGAACGAAGACUAAGAUUGAUCUCUCCCGUGAGUCUUCUUUAGGCGCAGAUGCAGUCCUUACUGAUCAAACACGACAAAUACAGCGACAGAGCGCAUUGUUGAGGUUAACGGGAUCUACGGCGUUGCAUCCCCUACUACCGACUGGGGCACUCAGAUUCAGCUUUGAACCUUCAGGAUCUACGAUUCUGCCACUAACUUUUAUCGCACUACGGGUGCCUGCUAUUCUAGCCUCUUUUGGAAUUCCUAAUCAGCAUGACUUUGUCCAAGAAACUCGCAAGGAUCUCUGCGUCCGUGGUCCUCUUGUUGGGUUUGCAGGAGUCGCCAACAAUAGUGCCAAUCAGGUUGGACUUAACACAACUAUCUUUUACACUGUAGUGAAUGUGUGGCAAGGUGUCGCACCUCAGAAGGGUGGUUCAUCCACCUCCGUCGAGUUGGUGGUGGAAAGCCCACCUUCGUUGCUGGAAAGCCCUCUUUCCUUGGCGGAAGGCCCACUUCAACAUAUUCUAGGCGGUUUGGGUCAUCGACACUAG